GUCACACCCACAACCCACACUCACCCGCGGCUGCUACAGUAUAUAUAUGAGCAAGAAAAAGACACGCACAAGACGCACUGAAAAAACCAUCAAAGGCGAAAAUGGCGGAAGAAGUGAGCAACAAGCAGAUUAUACUCAGAGACUACGUAAAGGGUUUCCCUAAAGAAUCCGAUAUGACCCUCAAAGCCUCCACUGUCAAACUGAAGGUCCCCGAAGACUGCUCCGAUGCCCUUCUCGUGAAGAAUCUCUAUUUGUCUUGCGACCCUUACAUGCGAAGCCGCAUGCGUAAGAUAGAGGGCAGCUACGUUGAAUCUUUUACCCCCGGCUCGGCUAUUACAGGAUAUGGAGUGGCCAAAAUUGUGGAUUCUUCUCAUCCCAAUUUCAAGAAGGGUGACUUAGUUUGGGGCAUAACAGGCUGGGAGGAGUACAGCCUUAUCAGAUCUACCCAGGGCCUAUUCAAAAUUCAUCAUACUGAUCUGCCUCUCUCCUACUAUACCGGCAUCCUUGGUAUGGCUGGCCAUACUGCUUAUUGUGGCUUUUAUGAGGUUUGCUCUCCAAAAAAGGGAGAAUAUGUCUUUAUAUCUGCUGCAUCAGGGGCCGUUGGUCAGCUUGUUGGGCAAUUUGCCAAGUUGUUAGGAUGCUAUGUUGUUGGAAGUGCAGGAAGCAAAGAUAAGGUGGAUCUUUUGAAGAAUAAAUUUGGAUAUGAUGAUGCAUUCAACUAUAAAGAAGAACCUGAUCUCAAUGCAGCUUUAAAGAGGUGUUUCCCCAAUGGCAUCGAUAUUUACUUUGAGAAUGUGGGAGGGAAGAUGCUUGAUGCUGUGCUCCUCAACAUGAGACUCCAUGGCCGCAUUGCUGUUUGUGGAAUGAUAUCACAGUACAACCUUGAGGAGCCCGAAGGCACGCAUAACUUGUUCUGCCUUAUAACAAAACGAAUCCGCAUGGAGGGAUUUCUGGUUUUCGACUACUAUCACCUCUAUCCGAAGUAUUUGGAGAUGGUGCUGCCACUCAUAAAAGACGGCAAAAUAAAUUAUGUGGAGGACAUAGCUGAAGGCCUUGAAAAUGCACCUACUGCUCUCAUAGGGCUUUUCUCCGGCCGCAAUGUGGGGAAGCAGGUGGUGGUUGUUGCUCGUGAGUAGCAGCAGCUCUACUCUACUCGUAUAUCAAAUUCUGAAUUCUGAAUUCUCUUGGUGUUUGAUCUUCUUGUAAACAUGACCAUACAUGCACACUGUAUUGGAACUUAUAACAGUGACUUCAAUACUGAUUUCAAUCUUCUGCUAUCAUAAAGUGAUAAGUGCUAGCAA